GGCGGGAGGGCGGCGGCCGCUGGGAGUCGCGGAGCGGGUCAGGCCUUGCCGCCGCUGCGGGGCCAUGAUCCGGAACGGGCAUGGCGCGGCGGGCGGUGCAGAGCCGCCGGGUCCGGAGGGCAAGCGCGCCGUGCGAGUGUGGUGCGACGGCUGCUAUGACAUGGUGCAUUAUGGCCACUCUAACCAGCUGCGCCAGGCAAGGGCCAUGGGCGACUACCUCAUCGUGGGUGUACACACCGAUGAGGAGAUCUCCAAGCACAAGGGGCCCCCAGUCUUCACUCAAGAGGAGAGGUACAAGAUGGUGCGGGCCAUCAAGUGGGUAGACGAGGUGGUGCCUGCUGCUCCCUACGUGACCACGCUGGAGACGCUGGACAAGCACAGCUGUGACUUCUGUGUGCAUGGCAAUGACAUCACGCUGACCGUAGAUGGCCGUGACACCUACGAGGAAGUGAAGCAGGCCGGGAGGUACAGAGAGUGCAGGCGCACCCAGGGCGUGUCCACCACGGAUCUCGUCGGCCGCAUGUUGCUGGUGACCAAGGCCCAUCACAGCGGUCACGAGAUCUCCUCGGAGUACCGGGAGUAUGCAGACAGCUUCGGCAAGCCCCGUCACCCAACACCCUCCAGGCCGAAACUUCCCUCGGAAGGGCCCUCCCAGUGCCCGGGGGGGCGGAACCCCUGGACAGGGGUGUCCCAGUUCCUGCAGACGUCUCAGAAGAUCAUCCAGUUUGCUUCGGGGAAGGAACCCCAGCCAGGGGAGACUGUCAUUUAUGUGGCCGGUGCCUUCGACCUGUUCCACAUCGGCCACGUGGACUUCCUGGAGAAGGUGCACGGCCUGGCCAAGAGGCCGUAUGUCAUCGCCGGCUUGCAUUUUGACCAGGAGGUCAACCACUACAAGGGGAAGAACUACCCCAUCAUGAACCUUCACGAGCGGACCCUGAGCGUGCUGGCCUGCCGGUACGUGUCAGAAGUGGUGAUCGGGGCCCCCUAUGCGGUCACAGCAGAGCUCCUGGACCACUUCAAGGUGGACCUGGUAUGUCACGGGAAGACAGAAAUCGUGCCGGACAAGGAUGGCUCAGAUCCUUACCAGGAGCCCAAGAGAAGGGGCAUCUUUUGCCAGAUCGACAGCGGGAACGACCUGACCACGGACCUCAUUGUUCAGCGCAUCAUCAAGAACAGGCUAGAGUACGAGGCCCGGAACCAGAAGAAAGAGGCCAAGGAGCUGGCUUUCCUGGAGGCCAGGAGGCGGCAGGAGGCGCAGCGUGAGAGAGAGAGCAACUGUGACUUCUGAGCAGUGAGCGGUCACCCCGUGUGCCCUCGGGCCAGCCCCUCCUGCUCUCCUUCCCACGCCUCGAGGGUCUGGUGUGUAACAAAGCUGCCGCACUCCCUCUCCACCUGGCCUGCUCUUGGAAGGGCUAGAGCCGAGGGCGCUGCCCCCACCCUGCCUGCCCAGAGGCUUUCCUGCUGAGUCGCACAGAGAGGGCAUCCAGCACAGACGAGCGGCCCAGCGCGCACCUUUCGCCAGCGGGGAACCACCCUAUGAGCUGGUGAAGGCCUGGCUUCUGCUCCCCCCCAAGCCCCUGCAGACCCAGGACACCCCCACCACCUGGCAUUUUCCGCCGUCCAGGCCUCAUUGGAAGCCAGCUUUGGGGGAGCAGUGACCUGAAGGGGGCACCCCCUUUCCUCCUCAGGACACAGGCUGUGCCGCUUCCCAUGUGGGCUCCCUGGUGCCCUGGGGCUGGCUCUUGGGCACUGUGCCCCCUACUUCCCAGGCCAGCCUUCCUGCUCUCCCCACAGACUGCUCUCCGUUUUGUAUCUGACCGGCUGGGGUAUGACCAAAUAAACCGGGCGGGAGCUCU